AUGGUGUUAUCUGAUAUUACCAAUCAAGUUCCUUCUGGAACCACACAGACACGACAAUCUUAUCUAACUGCAACGCAUGAUGAGAGAACUAUAGCGAAUACAAGAAUUCAUUCAACGACUACGCCUACCGGAUCUAAAAAAGAUUACCAAGUCAAAGGAAACCCAUGUGAAUCUGCUAAGAGGCUAAGAAAGAACGAUUCUUUCUCAUCCCGUUCUAACCUUCACACACCACCAACUUCUUUUCCUACAAGCUCUAUACCUCUAUCUGAUACGACCAAUGUCAGUCCUUCUGUAAGGACACAGACACAACAAGAGGUUCUACCAUCUACGUUUGAAUCAUCUAAGUCCAGAUUAACAGCUAAAGAAAAAGGAAAAGGAAAAGCUGUUGCCUCAGGAAAAAAAGCAAAAACAGUACAUGCAACAGAAACAGAAGGAGUUGGCCUUCAUGUUGAUGGAUACUCGAGUGAAGAAAAUGAUGACUCUAUAUAUCAUGAUUACGAGGGUGCAUAUGAAGUCGAAGGAGAACAACAUUAUGAUUGCAGCAGUGAAGAAAGUGACAUGGAGUCUGAAUCAAAUGUGGAUUUUGACAUGUUCUCAAAAGAAUCAGACACAGUUGGACCCUCCAAAAGGAAAACUUCUUCGAAGGGGAAAAACAAGGCAGUAUACAUCGACGAAGGUGAUGCAACCCAUAAAUGUGAGCAUUGUGGGGCUAUAAUGUGGUAUGGUGAGCGCAUAAACAGGAAGAGAUCUACCCGUAAACCUAAAUUUUCACUGUGUUGUGGGCACGGUCAGCUUCAAGGAGAGAACUACCAUUUGAUGGGUAGUCUAAAGCCACCAAACGGUGAACCCAAGUUUGGUCAGCUUUAUAUUGUUGACACAGAAAAUGAGAUAGGCAAUCGAUCUGGUAUUAUCGGGAAAUACAAGAAAUCAACUGAAAAAGCAAGGAAAGAAGAACUUAGGAAAAAAGUUAUACAGGCACUAACGGCUAUGCUAGACGAGUGCAACCCCUAUGUCCAUCAAUUUAGAUCAGCACGUGAUCGAUUUGACACUAAUCCUGACCAGACAUUUCAUAUGCGUAUCAUUAGUAGUCGAGAGAAAGAUGGAAGAACAUAUGAUACUCCUACCGCAUCUGAAGUAGCUGCACUAAUUCCUGGAGAUUUCAAUUUGGACAUGGAUAAAAGAGAUAUUGUUUUGCAAGAGAAACAGACGGGAUGGCUUAAGAGGAUUAGUGAAAUUCACCCUGCUUAUCUGGCUCUUCAAUAUCCUCUAAUCUUUACUUAUGGUGAAGAUGGGUUCAGACUUGGGAUUCAAAAGAGGGAAACGGAGGCAACAGCAAAGCUAAAGAGGAAGGCACUCAGCAUGAGACAAUGGUAUGCGUUUCGUUUACAAGAAAGAGAGAAUGAGUGUCAUACUCUUCUCCAUUCGAGGAGAUUGUUUCAGCAAUUUUUGGUCGAUGGUUAUACAACAAUUGAGGCGAACAGGCUGUUUUAUCUUAGAAUGAACCAGAAAAGUCUCAGAUCGGACAGCUAUGACUCUAUCCAACAAGCUGAAAACUCUGGCAAAACAGAUAUGCAUGAGCAAGGGAGUCGAUUUGUGCUACCAGCAUCGUUUACGGGAGGAGCAAGAUACAUGAAGAAUAUGUAUUUAGAUGCCAUGGCGAUCUGUAAAUAUUUUGGGUUUCCUGAUUACUUUAUAACAUUUACGUGCAAUCCUAAAUGGCCGGAGAUCACCAGGCAUCUACAACCCAGAAAGCUUAGUGCUGAAGAUAGGCCAGAGAUUCUCUCCAGAAUCUUUAAAAUCAAAUUGGAAUCUCUCAUGACAGAUUUAACAGAUAAACAACUUUUGGGGAAGACAUCUUCGGCAAUGUAUACGAUUGAGUUCCAGAAACGUGGCCUACCCCAUGCACACAUUCUGUUAUUCAUGCAUCCUAAUUCCAAGAUUAGAACAAACGAUGACAUUGACAAAAUCAUCUCAGCCGAAAUUCCAGAUAAAGAAAAAGAGCCAGAGCUUUAUGAAGUGGUUAAGGACAUGAUGAUCCAUGGUCCUUGUGGAGCUGUUAAUGUGAACUCUCCGUGCAUGGAAAAUGGGCAAUGUUCAAAGCAGUAUCCUAAGACACAUGUUGAAAAAACAUUUGUGAACAAGGAAGGAUUUCCAGUUUAUAGAAGAAGGAAAGAGGGGAAUGGAUUUAUAGAGAAAAAAGGAUUCAAGUGUGACAACACCCAUGUCAUCCCUUAUAACAAGGAGUUGUCUCUUCGUUAUCGAGCUCACAUUAAUGUGGAAUGGUGCAAUCAGAAUGGUGCUGUAAAAUACUUAUUCAAGUAUAUUAAUAAAGGGCAGGAUCGUGUUACUGUUGCUGUUGAACCUCCGGAUAAUGGUUCGUCGAAAGAAAAUAGUUCUGUGCCAGCAGAUGUGACUGCGCCUAAUUCUGAGACUUGCACAAAUACAGCUUCAAAAGAAGAGAAUAAAAAUGAGAUCAAAGACUUUUUUAACUGCAGAUAUGUAUCUGCAAGUGAAGGUGGAUGGAGGAUCUUUCAGUUCCCAAUACAUUAUAGAUCAACUCCAGUUGAGAGAAUACAAUUCCACCUACCAGGAAAACAGAUCAUUGUUUUUAAGGAUGAUGACACAUACGAAAAAGUGACCAGCCGAAAGCUCAUUGAAAAUACUAUGUUUAUGGGCUGGUUCGAAUUGUGCAAGGUUAGUGAAGUUGCUCGGACUCUGACUUUAGCUGAGAUUCCAACAAUGUUUACUUGGAAUAAAAAGGAGAAGAAGUUUUAUGAUAGAAAGAAAGGAUUUAGUAUUGGGAGAAUCAAUUAUGCACCACGUAAGAUAGAAGAAGCUUACUACAUGCGUGUCUUGCUAAACAUUGUUAAAGGUCCGUUUGAGGAUAAGGACAUAAGAACUUUCAACGGUUUUGUUUAUGAAACAUAUAAAGAGACAUGUUUUGCAAGAGGGCUACUUGAAGAUGAUCAAGAAUAUAUUGAUGAGCUUGUGAGGACAAGUUUUACUGGUUCGGCAUCAUACAUGCGCCAUGCAUUUGUGAUCAUGUUAAUGUCUGGUACUUUGUCAAAGCCUGAAGAGGUGUGGGAGAAAACUUGGGAAUUCCUUUCUGAGGACAUUCAAUAUAAACGAAGACAGCAACUGCAUCGACCAGAUCUUUGUUUGUCGGAUGAAGAAAAAAAAGAAGCAGCCCUUAUAGAGAUCGAAAAGAUUUUAAAAAGUAAUGGAACUUCAUUGGCUAACUGGACCUCUAUGCCACAGCCAAUCCCAGACAUCAUUAAUGAAAACGUGCUGAUUAUGGAUGAGCUCAGUUACAACCGGGAGGAGUUAAAAGCUGAUCAUGAUCGUGACUUUCCAAAACUCACUGAUGAGCAAAGGAAAAUCUAUGAUGAGAUUACCGAUGCUGUUUUUACUAAGAAAGGAGGAACUGAUCAGGCGGAUUUGGUGAAAGCAGCCUCUCUUAUCAUCUGGGACGAAGCUCCAAUGAUGAGUAAGCACUGUUUUGAAUCUUUGGAUAGAAGCAUGGCAGAUAUCAUUGGAAACAAAGAUAACAGACCAUUUGCCGGGAAAGUAGUUGUCUUGGGUGGAGAUUUUAGACAAGUACUGCCAGUUAUUCACGGAGCUGGAAGGCCGGAAAUAGUUAUGGAGUCACUUAAUUCUUCUUAUCUCUGGAAGCAUGUAAAAGUUUUAGAGCUAACAAAGAACAUGAGGCUGAUGUCAAAUGAUCUCACACCUGAAGAUGCAAAAGAAUUACAAGAGUUUUCGCAGUGGAUUUUAGAUGUUGGAGAUGGAAAAAUUGGUGAUGGAAACGAUGGCGAAGCUCUAAUCACUAUUCCAGAUGAGUUUUUGAUUCUUGAUGCUGAUGAUCCAAUAGAUUCUAUAAGCAAAGCGGUGUAUGGGGAUGCUGUUUCUUUACUGCAGCAUAGAGAACCUAAGUUUUUUCAAGAAAGAGCAAUACUUUGUCCUACUAAUGAAGAUGUGAACAUGAUUAAUCAGCAUAUGUUGGACAAGCUGCCAGGUGAGGAAAAGUUCUAUUUGAGCUCUGAUUCUAUAGACUCUUCAGACAGGUUUUCAAAGAAUGACCAAGCUCUUACUCCAGAUUUUCUGAACAAAAUCAAGGCAUCUGGUUUACCUAACCAUAGUCUCAGAUUGAAGAUUGGGUGUCCUGUGAUGUUGCUUAGAAACAUUGAUCCUAUAGGGGGACUAAUGAACGGUACUAGACUCCAGAUUACAGAAAUGUAUGACUUCAUGAUACAGGCUAAAGUCAUUACAGGGGAAAAGGUCGGUCACACUGUUUUUCUUCCUAGACUCUCAAUAACACCUUCUGAUAAAAAACUGCCGUUCAAGAUGAGGAGGAGACAACUACCUAUUGCUGUGGCAUUUGCUAUAACAAUCAAUAAAAGCCAAGGUCAAUCACUUUCGGAGGUUGGUUUGUUUCUACCGAGACCUGUUUUCUCUCAUGGGCAGCUAUAUGUGGCUAUUUCUAGAGUGACUUCUAAAAAAGGACUGAAGAUUUUGAUUGUCGACCCUGAAGGCAAGCCUCAGCGUCAAACAAUGAAUGUGGUAUUCAAAGAGAUAUUCUCGAAUCUUUGA